AUGCUUCCCAGGAUAAUAUCUUUUCUAAACAUCGCUUCAACGAGUCGACAGUUUCUGAUCCCACAAAUAUCUCGUCGGUUCAAUUCAUCUCUCGGACAACAAUCUCCCCAAUUAUCUUUGACUUAUACUUGUAAAGUUUGUGGUUCUCGACAGGUAAAAUAUACCGAUUUAUUCAAAAAACAUUGAUCAAAUCAAAAUUCAGGGUCCAAAAACAUUCGCAAAAUCGUCAUAUGAAAAAGGAGUAGUUCUUGUAACUUGCACUGGCUGUAAUAAUCAUCAUAUAAUUGCUGAUAAUAUGGGAUGGUUCGAGGAUUUCAAGGUACUUUUGAAUUUUAUCGGAAAAAUAGCGCGGAUUCAGUUUCACUUCAAAAAAAAGUAGAAAUGAAAUUUUUCAAAGAAAUGAACUAUUUCCGAAAUUCCACGUCAUAGUUCACGAUAAAUUUGAGAUACUCAUUUAUAGAAUUUCACUUUUACCUGAAAAUAAUAAAAAUAUAGGUGUGCGAAAUUAAAUUUUCAAAAAAAAUUUUGAAAAUUUGGAGAAAUUAAUUUCCAAGUUAUUUUUUGAAAAAAGUUUUUUUUGUCCUAAAAUGCCACGUCAUAGCCAACUCGAAAACCCAAUUUCCAGGGCAAAAACAUCGAGGAAUAUCUGAAAUCAAAAGGCGAAUCUAUUCAAAAAGGCAUCCGAAUAAACGACAAUACAAUUGAAUUCGACAAACAAUAA